AAGUAAUCAUAUUCCAAAAAAAAUUAUUAAUACAAAUCUCUCUUUUCUCUCUAAAAAAUCUCGAUAUGGAUCAAAACGUACCAAUAAGCAAGAAGCUAUGGAACAUCGUACGUUUUCUCUUGUACAUGAUCCGCAAAGGCGUCUCAAAAAACAAACUCAUCGCUGACUUCAACGCCACUCUCAAACGUGGCAAGAACCUCAUGUUCCACCACCGUCGUCGUGUCCACGCCGGUUCCACCUCCUCAGACGCUCUAAACGCUACUUCAGCCACCGCGUUAUCGCGACAAGAAUACGAGUUUAGCUGCAGCAACACUCCAAACUAUUCAUUCCCUUUCCCUAAUAUGGCUUUCAUGAGGAAAAAGAGUCACAAUAAUCUCUUCACGUGUGGUCAAACGCCUCAGACGCUAGACGACGACGUAGCCGCCGCUAGAGCCGUUCUUGAGCUUCUUAACGGUGUUGGAGACAAAGGAAAUGUCACGCCGGCAGAUUUAACGGUGGCUUUGUCUCCUUAUUUCCCCGGGUUUGGACGGACUCCUCUGGUUAGACCGUUAAGAGUGACGGACUCACCGUUUCCGUUAACGCCGGAAAAUGGUGACGUGGCUAAUAGACACGUGGACAAGGCUGCUGAUGAUUUUAUAAAGAAGUUUUAUAAGAACUUGAAUCAGCAGAAAAAGAUGAUUGAGUUCAGCUAAAUAUUAAUCUGAAUUAUUGUGUGUAUCUUCAUCAUAUUUCUCUUCCUUAAAUAUUUUUUACUCUUUUUUUUUUUUUCCUUGUUUUGUGCUGAUUAAAAUCCAAAGAUGUAA